GUUCCCGCCGCCGCGGCCAAAAUAUUCAUUCGAAUUGGUAACUGAGACGCUGGAGCGGGGGGCGGGGACAACCGAUUGGCGAUUGCUACGCGGAGCGCGGUGGAGGAAGCCCCGCUCGUCGCCGCCGGAGCCGGUCGCCGUCGACGCCGUAGGGUAGAAUUUUUGUAAAUCACAAGAUGGCUCAGGCCGCAAGGCUGAAUCUGAGAAUGCAGAAAGAGAUUAAGCUACUACAAGAUGAUCCACCCCAUGGGGUCUCACUUAAUGAAAAUGACCUAUCAUCAUUAUCAAGUAUCGAAGCCAGAAUUGAGGGGCCUGAGGGAACAGUUUAUGCCAAGGGAAUUUUCAUUCUGAAGAUACAAAUUCCUGAAAGGUAUCCUUUUCAACCACCCAAUGUGACUUUUGUUACUCCCAUUUAUCAUCCGAAUAUUGACAAUGGAGGACGUAUUUGCCUUGAUAUUUUGAAUUUACCCCCAAAGGGAGCCUGGCAACCAUCACUCAACAUUGCUACUGUUUUGACAAGUGUUGGCUUGCUGCUAAGUGAGCCAAACCCAGAUGAUGGCCUGAUGGCUGAAAUAAGUCGAGAAUACAAAUACAACAGGCAAGUUUUUGACAUAAAUGCUCAGUUAUGGACUGAGAAGUAUGCUAGUCCUUCUGCUGUUGGCGCUAGCGGCUGGGGUUCUGUAGAUGCUGGUGUCCUGGCACAGAAUACACAAGUGGAGGACACAGAGAGCCAAGGAUCAUUGCCAAAAUCUUCUACAAAAGAUUGUGAAGGGAAUAAAAGGAAGAGGCUGUUACUGGGACAAAAGUUAUCGCUAAAAUCUGGAAGAUCCGAUGAGGAUAUGAAAACUAUCAAGCAAGAUCCAGUUGCUAGCCACUUACCAUCCAUGGCAGGAUCCACCUAUCCUACUGCUUGUUUUUCUGAUGUUUCAGGCGGACAGAAUGACACGUCAGAGAAGAUGUCUGUUGGCACUGCUAGUGGAGUGGUUUCAAAGAUAGAAUACCGAGGAAAUAAUAAGAAUUCGCAGUUACCUAGUCAAGGGCUUUCUGUUACCUCAGAAGCCCCCAGCAAAACAAGCGAUGGCAAUGAUGUGUUUGUGUUACCUAAUCAUUCUCCAACAUCUGCAUCUCAUGCUAAUGAUCAUGGCAUGCAAUCUUCUGAUGACAUUUUGGAGAAUAGUUUUCCAAGGAGAAUUGGUGGAUCAUCAGAUAGUUCAUAUAAACCACCAGAAGGAAACCAAAGGAAUAUCAGGACACUUGGUCUGAAGUUGUCGCUGAAAUCAGUAAAGCCUGAAAAGAAGAGCGAUGAUCAGAAGGAAAAUAUGGCUCCAAAUCACCUACCUCCACAGCCUGGCUUCAACAAAUCGCAGAAAAGGCCCUUAGAUGCUGUUUCAAGGAAACAAUUCAGCGGAGGUCCUGCACUGGCACAACAGAAUCCUAUUACUGAACAUCAACAGUCAAACACUCAGGUGGUAUCAACUGAAGAGUGCAAUCAAGGUCGAAAGAAGCUGUGCGCACUAAGUAGGAGACUGUCGUUGAAAUCCAAGCAGUAUGGGUUGGACAGUGCAUGUGACAAGGAGUAUAAGCCACCCAAUUGUUCCCUAAGCGAUAAGAUGCCCAAUGAACUGCCAUUAUCAGCACCACCAGCGCCAAUCCCAAAAGGUGAGGCCGUGGCACGUAAUGAACUGCCAUUGUUGGCACCACCAGCACCGAUGACAAAAGGUGAGGCUGUGGCACCCAAUGAACUGCUGUUGUCGGCGCCAACAGUCCUUAAAAGUCAAGCCAAGGCCCUUGGAUUUGCUGGUCGACAGAAAGACGCCAAUUCAGGCAAUUUCUCUGUGAAACAAACUGCUGUUUCCAUGGAGAACGUUGUUGUUUCAGAUAGUGAAGAUAGCGAAGACGAAUGCGAAAGGCCCCCAAGAUCAAGGCUAUCACUGAUGCGGAGACGGUUGGCAGGGAAGCUGAGAACCUGAUGCCACCCCCAGACCUCUUGCUCUUUCUAUGCUGCGUUGUAAAUUCUUGGAAGAUGACUAUUCCAAUUUACUGUAGUAACUUAUGUCUGCUUCUGUGGUAGAUCAUGCCAUAUAUGUGUUAGCGUACUGGAUGCUGCCCUACACCGUGGAAUGCUAGGAUCCUGUUGUGGUGGGACACUCUUUUAUUGGACUCCAAAUUUUAAGUAGAUUUUGCCUGUGCAAUUCAGUUUUA